AUGAAACGCACUGCCUCACGCGUAUGGGCGUAUCGUCGGCCUAUUAUCGUAUCGGUAAUUGUUGUCGGGAUGAUAACCCGAGGCACACUGAUCUCUAUGCAGCAGCAAGCGAACGACUUUGUGCAUCCUGACACGUAUCUGACAUGGCGCGUGUUUGAUGGAUCGAUUGUAGAAGUGCGCCAAGCUCAGUCGAUUGGCCAGCUCCUCGCACAGCCGACGCCUGGAGACCAGCCCGUUCGUAUUCUUGAGCUACAUCAAGUGAUCGAAACGCUCCGGCGCGCAAAGGACGACGCACGAAUCCGUGGCAUUGUGGCGGACUUUAGCCAAAUGCAUGUGCCACGAGCCGUGCUUCGGCAGCCUCUAGGUCUUGCUCAGACCGAAGAACUGCUUACGGCAUUGCACGAAUUCCGCACGGCCAAACAGGAUCAGUUUGGAAAAGACCAGCCCGCCACAGUGGCAUGGAGUGACACGUUUGAUUCGCAAACAGCGUUUCUCUUGGCUACAGGCUUUGAUCGCGUCUACAUGCAAUCGAGUGGCCAAGUGCCCCUUGUGGGUCUCGGCAGCUCGCUGACAUUCUUCCGCCGCAUGCUGCAAUGGCUCGGCGUGCGUGUGCUGUCAGAGACGCGCAACGAGUACAAGUCUGUGACGAGCGCGUUUGUGCAUGACGAGCUGCCGCCUGAGCAGCUUGCGAACUUGUCGGAUGUCCUGGGUGGCCUGCAGCAUAACAUGGCACGCCUCCUCGGCCAAAACCGAUUCAGUGAGCAGGGACCACCGCACGUCGCGACGGCCAAGGCUGAGCAUGUGUUGCGCCACGGGCCGUACUCGGCGUCGGAGGCACUGGCAGCUGGGCUGAUCGACGGGAUCUGCCACAGGCAUGACAUCACGCCGAGUCUCGAUGUAAGCGAAACACGCCGUGCAUUCUCGCACUAUGUGCGCAUUUGUGCGAACGAACAUGCCGACGACCCAGCCGACAAGGUCGCUGUGAUCUUCCUACAGGGUAUCAUGGACCGCAACAGCAAGUCGUGCUCUGUCAGCGAGGCCAUUCACGGACUGAAGCAGGCUGCCGAGAACAAGGACAUCCGUGCUAUUGUGCUGCGCAUUAAUUCGGGCGGUGGCGAGGUCAUUGCUAGCGAGGCGCUCUGGGCCGCUAUCCAGCAUGUGCGCAAGUCGACGCAGAAACCUGUGGUGGCUUCGUUUGGCUCCGUCGCAGCAAGCGGCGCUUACUAUGCGGCGUCUGCGGCCGAUGCGAUCUUUGCAUGCGAGAGCACAAUGACCGGCAGCAUCGGCGUCGCAUUCGCACGGCCCACGAUCCUACGCGAACUCAUCGAUAAAGUGCAGCUCAACGUGCAGACGAUUCUCGCCGGGUCCAUUGGCGCGAGUGUCUUACAUGAUCUGGAUGACCAGCACGUAAGCCGACUCCGAACACACGUGGACGAAAUGUACAAAGACUUUCUGCACAAGGUCAUGCAAGGCCGUGGCAUGUCGCAAGACGUUCUCGCGGGAUUGGCUGGCGGCCGGAUCAUGACAGGAUUGGCGGCAUACAUGCGGUGUCGCCCGGCCCAGCCAAGUGACGAGUUAAUGCCAUCGAGUCUGCGCCGUGAGCCAACAGCAGCAGACGCUCAGGAAUGGACGACCAGAGCCGAGGACAACGAGUCAGGCAAUCUGCUCGUCCGUAUCGAGCGAGCCGAUGAUGACACUGCUGCCAACUUGCAGAACGAUUUGGCCUCCCUCACGCCAACGGCUGCCCAUGGUCGUGGCCUUAUUGACGGCAUCGGUGGUUUGCGAGAUGCAGCAAGAUAUGCUUAUGCUCUCCACCGUAUGCGCGCGAGGCAAGCCGACGAAAGCCCCGAGACUGAGGAUGCACCUGCGGGCGCUACGUCGACAGACAAGACGGAUGACAGCGCAUGGACAAUGGUGCGUGUGCCGGAACGUGUUCCGCUCUGGCGCCAGCUGCUGGAGAACAAGAGUCUGUGGGGCGAUGGACCAUUGAGCCUGAGCAUCACCGACAUGUGGGAGUACUGGAGGACGUUCGCCUACAAUACCAUGGCAGAUCUGCAACAUGCUUCUGUGCACAUGCGUGCCGAAACGCCUUGGAUAAUGAAUGCGGCAUCAUAA